AUGUCAAAAGAAGACACGGUGUUAAACGUUGCUCGUAAGGCGCGAGAAGCUUCAAAUAAACUUCAACAUGUCACUACUGAAGAAAAAAAUUUGGAAGGCGGCGAUAAAUUCGCUACUAUGCUCCAAGGCAUAUUAGAUAUCGAUAAAUUACCGGAUCCAACAGGACAGAUCACAUAUAGCUCACGACUUGAUCAUGGAUUAGAACUUUAUCGUGUAACUUGUCCCGUGGGCGUCUUGUUGGUAAUAUUUGAGGCAAGACCUGAAGUAAUUGUGAACAUCUCGGCAUUAGCUUUGAAAUCGGGCAAUGCCGUGAUAUUAAAGGGGGGAAGAGAGUCACGUCUCUCAUUGAAUGUGCUCUCAACAGCAAUCCAAAAUGCAUUGGGUGACACAAUGAUCCCAAAAGAUACAGUUCAACUUGUUGAAACGAGGGAAGAAAUAAAAGCGUUAUUGGAUCUUGACAAGUAUAUUGACUUGGUUAUCCCGCGUGGAAGUAACUCGCUAGUGCGUUAUAUACAAGAAAAUACUAGAAUUCCAGUGUUGGGUCAUGCAGAUGGAAUAUGCUCGAUUUAUGUUGACAAAGACGCAGAUCUUGAAAAGGCUAUUCGAGUAGUGGUCGAUUCAAAGGUUAAUUAUCCAGCGGCGUGUAAUGCAGUAGAAACGCUUCUUAUUCAUCAGUCAAUUGUCUCCACUCACCUACAACAUAUCGCUAUAGCCCUUCAAAACUCAAGAGUGAAACUUCACGCUGACAUUAAAUCAUUUUCGCAAUUAAGCAAGACCAUCACUACCACACUUAAUUCUUCAUUAAUUGAACCAGCAGUAGACAAAGAUUUCGACACGGAAUUUCUUGAUCUCGAGAUAGCAAUCAAAGUGAUCGGAGAUCUCGAAGAAGCAAUACAGCAUAUAAAUGAACAUGGGAGUAAACACACAGACGCGAUUGUGACCGAGAAUGAACAAGUAGCCAAAAGAUUUAUGCAAGGUGUGGAUGCUGCAGGUGUAUAUUGGAAUGCAAGUACUCGAUUUGCUGAUGGUUUUCGAUAUGGAUUUGGUGCUGAAGUUGGGACUCAUGCACGUGGACCUGUUGGUCUAGAAGGUUUAAUAAUAUACAAGUAUAAAUUAUACGGAAAUGGACAUAUAGUCGGAGAAUUCGGCGAAGGAGAAGGAAAAAAGAAAUAUUUGCACGAAUCAAUUAGUUAA